GGCUUAUUCUCACCAUAAUUUGGACUGACUUGCUAAAUUGGCAAUUCUAACCCUUUCUGGCGAAAAAGCAUUUGGCAGUGUUGAUUAUACGAUGCCUCUACUAGAUUGAAUUAGGUUUGUUCGCAUUCUAGGUGCUGUUCUCGGAUAAAGGGAUUGGUGUUGAAAAGGUGAAGUAGGAUGCUGUGUCACCAAUGUCGACGCCUCGCUGCGACAAUAAUUCAACGAGGCACAAACGCCUUGUCGCAGCGCGCCCGCCUCAUGCACACAUCUUCGUCGCAAUCUAGAAUAGGUGCACUACUACAACCAGCCUUCCACAGCUCCGUAAGACCUCGACGAACAGCUAUACGAUCAUAUUCAGCAUCCACCCCGACAGAAGCAAGGACAGCCAACGCACCAUCGCUCCCCGAAAAGCCCGAUUAUCUCGACAAUGACGAGUCCGCCAUAUGGGACAAGCUGACGGCCGAGUUCGCCCCAACAGAGCUCACCGUACAAGAUAUAUCGGGUGGCUGUGGGUCAAUGUAUGCCAUCGAGAUUGCGUCGGAGAAGUUCAGGGGCACAAACAUGCUCAAGCAGCAGAGGAUGGUCAACGCCGUGUUGGGUGAACAGAUGAAGAAUUGGCAUGGCGUCCAGCUGCGUACUAAAGUUCCCUAAGUCGAAGAGGCCGAUGGAGAUGUGAUGGACUGUACACUAAAUGGAGCAACCACAAUACGGCUUGUGGAACCGCGAGCCAUGAGAUGUGUCGUCGUGGCUGUAACCGUGGCUGCUAUACCUGAAUAUUAGCAGGGUUCCGG